UUAUUCCCCUCCACUCUGUACAUAGCGUCCGAUGCUCGCUUGUACAUAUGGCAUAAAAUGGAAGAAGGCACAUUACACGCACAUUCACUGCAAUCGCUCCCUGUAGAACUACUGUACGAGAUCUUCAUAUAUUCAAGCUGGCAUCUACUUCCCCAUACCUCCAAGCAUUUCUAUGAGGUUUUCAAGUGUUCCCCUUCAUCUGUGACCGCCGAGUACCUCCUUGCGCGACAUACCAACGCUGCAGGACUCAUCAAGUUCGGCGGUGCUCUCAUCACGAAGAUUUUACGAUACCCCAUAUGCACCCAAACAGUGCUAGAGGCCCUGCUCCGACUACCCGAUUAUGCUUCUACGAAAAGGGACACUUCCGGAACCAUCAAGCUACCUAGACGACUCUUUCGCUCGCUAUCGCCACGGUCCACACGACCAUGGAGCGCACAGGACGAACCAAUGCCCUUCCUUCGCUACAUCUACGACCACCCGCAAAUUCCCCCACCAAAUGCGAAUUGCUGGGAUGGUUAUGCACUCACGAGGGCCGUCGCCUCAGGCUUCAUUCCUUUGACCCAAUUCCUGCUCGAGCACGGGGCGUCGCCGGCGUGCAAAGGCGGCAUGGCGGUCCUUGUGGCGGUCCGGCGUAAGAACCUUCCACUCGUUAAGAUGCUCAUACAACCUGAUACGACUCCAGUGACACCUGUGGAGGACGA